UUGGUUUCAGGAGUAGAAUUCAGUGAUUCGUCACUUACAAUACCCAGUGCUCAUUACAACAAGUGCCCUCCUUUAUACCCAUCACCUAUCUAACCCUUCUCCCAACCACUUCCCUCCAUCAGCCCUCAGUUUUUUUCUCUAUUGUUAAGAGUCUCUUGUGGUUUGUUUCCCUCUCUCAUUUUUUCCUUUCCCAUAUGUUCAUCUGUCUUGUUUCCUAAAUUCCACGUAUGAGUCAAAUCAUAUGGUAUUUGCCUUUCUCUGACUGACUUAUUUUGCUUAGCAUAACACGUUGUAGCUCCAUCCAUGUUGUUGAAAUGGCAAGAUUUCAUUCUCUUUUAAUGUUUAUUUAUUUAUUUUGACAGAGAGAAAGCGAGAGAUAGAGAGAGAGCAGGCGAGGGGUAGAGAGAGAAGGAGAGAGAGAACCUCAAGCAGGCUCCAUGCUGUCAAUGCAGAGCCCAAAGCGAGGCUCAAUCUCAUGAACUGUGAGAUCAUGACCUGAGCCGAAAUCAAGAGUUGGAUGCUUCACUGACUGAGCCACCCAGGGUGCUCCAAGAUUUCAUUCUUUUUGGUGGUUGAGUAAUAUUCCAUUGCACAUCUAGUUUUAGACUGUUUAUUCUGUUCCACCAACCAUUCUUGCUAAUGGCAGAACUUACAAAGUUUUUCUCAUUAAGUAUGCUACACAAAAUGGUAAGUAGUUAUCCUACAGGUGUUGCUGUGGUAAAAAUGAUCAGAAUGAGAAGAUUGUACAUAAUGUGCUGUUAUAGGAACUAGUGACCUAUGAAGAUGUGGCUGUGGACUUCACCCAGGAGGAGUGGCAGCAUCUGGACCCUGCUCAAAAGAUCCUACACAGAGAUGUGAUGCUGGAGAUCUACAGCCAUCUGGUCUCUGUGGGGUGUUCAGGUAUAAGUCCAGGUAUAAUCUUCAAGUUGGAACAUGAAGAGGACCCAUGGAUCAUGAAGAGUGAGUUGUCAAGGUGGAUCCACUCAGACAGGGAGAAAAGCCUUGACUCUUCCCAGCAGAUCAUUUCUGAAGAACUUUCAUUUCAAAAAGAGAUAUUGGAAAAAGCCCCAAAGGAUAAUUCAUUGUACUACCUUUUAAAAGUUUGGUGUAUUGACGGUCAGACACAUAAAUAUCAGGGAAACCAAGACAGAGUUUUGAAGCAAGUCACAGUCAUUAACCAUGAAACAUUGACCAAGGAGAAAGGCCCCAAAUAUAACACACUUGGAAACAGUUUUGGUGGGUGCAUAAACCUUGAUACUUCAAGUAAAAAACUCCAUAAUUUUGAUUUAUGUGAAAAGAACUUGGAAUCUAAUUUAGACUCACUGAUAUGCAAUAGGAGCCAUACAAGAAAGAACCCCAUUGAGAGAUUUGGAUGCAGGAGCCCACCUAGCUUUAGUGAUUCCUGUUCUGUACCGGAGAAAAUUUACACUGGCAUGAAACCUUGUGGACAUGGUCAAUGUGAAAAAUUUCUCAGUCAUAAACAAGUCCAUAUUCAGUAUAAAAAAGGUCAAGCUGGUAAGAAACCCAAUGUUUGUGGUGAGUGUGGGAAAGGCUUUAUUAAGAAGUCACAGCUUAUUAUACAUCAAAGAAUUCAUACUGGAGAAAAACCGUAUGUAUGUGGAGAUUGUGGAAAAGCCUUCAGUGAGAAAUCACACCUCAUUGUGCAUCAGAGGAUUCAUACUGGGGAGAAGCCCUAUGAGUGUACUAAGUGUGGGAGGGCCUUCUCCCAGAAGUCACCCUUCAUUGUUCAUCAAAGAGUCCACACUGGAGAGAAACCCUAUGAAUGUUCUGAGUGUCAAAAAGCCUUCUCUCAGAAGUCACAUCUCAUUAUACACCAGCGAGUUCACACUAGAGAGAAGCCCUUUGAAUGUAGUGAAUGUGGGAAAGCCUUCUGUGAGAAGUCUCACCUUUUUAUACACCAGAUAACUCAUACUGGGGAGAGACCCUAUGAAUGUACUGAAUGUGGGAAGACCUUCCCUCGGAAAACACAACUCAUCAUCCAUUAUAGAACACAUACUGGAGAGAAACCCUAUAAGUGUAGUGAAUGUGGAAAAACCUUUUGCCAGCAGUCCCACCUCAUAGGGCAUCAAAGAAUUCAUACAGGAGAGAAACCUUAUGUGUGUAAUGACUGUGGAAAAGCCUUUUCCCAAAAGUCCCACCUUACUGGACAUCAAAGGCUUCACACUGGAGAGAAACCUUAUAUAUGUACAGAGUGUGGAAGAGCCUUCUCUCAGAAAUCACCUCUUAUUAUACACCAGAGAAUUCAUACAGGGGAGAAACCCUAUGAGUGUAGUGACUGUGGCAAAACCUUCUCCCAGAAAUCACCCCUCAUUAUUCAUCAGAGAAUUCAUACAGGGGAGAAACCCUAUGAGUGUACUGAGUGUGGAAGGGCAUUUUCCCUGAAGUCACAUCUCAUUAUACAUCAGAGAGCUCAUGCUGGAGAGAAACCAUAUGAACGUAAUGAAUCUGGAAAGGCCUUAUGUGAGACGUCUCCACUAGCUCUACAUCAAAGAACUCAUACUAGGGAGAAAUCCACUGAAUCUGCUGAAUAUGGUAUGGCCUUUUCCCGAAAUUCACAGAUGAUCACAUAUCAGAGAACACACACAGCAGCACAUAUCAGAGAACACACACAGCAGAGAAACCCUCCAACUGCAGUGACUGUGGGAAGGUGUUCUGCCAGCACAUACACUUCACUGGACAUCAGAACCAACAUAGGAGAGAAACCUCAUAUAAGUACUGAUUGUGGGAAGGUCUUCCCAGAAGUCAGAUCUCACUAUGGAUGA